AAACCGAUUCGCAAGGUUGACUGAACGCUCAAAAAGAGGUUCGUUGGGCUGUGUUGAGGAGCUAAUUUCACGAAAAUGAGGUCCUACGGUGAAACAAUUUCGUCAGUUUUGGCGAUGAUGACGGUGGCCACCUGGUUAUCUUCUUCUGUGCUGAUUAGGGCUGCCCCACAGCAGAGGGCGCCCGAUUUUCCACCAGCCUCGCUAAUUGAACUGACCGUGGCCAGCCGCAAGGUAUGCGUUGACGAGACCGGUGUCACCGAGGACUCCAUUGCCCGCUUCAACAACGAGCCGGAAGUUUUCGACGAUGACGAACGGCUCAAGUGCUACAUGGAUUGCAUGUUUCGCCAGUUCAACGUCACCAAGCCGGACACGGGCGAUGUGGACAUGAUUGAGCUCUAUCAUGCCAUUCCGAAGGAGUACAAUAGCGUCACGCUGAAGGUGUACAACAAGUGCCGGGACGUUGUCGAGGGGUCGACCCUCUGCGAGCGAGCCUUUUCUCACCACAAAUGCUGGAAGCAGAACGAUCCGGUCCACUAUUACCUGUUUUGAGCUGACUGCUGGUGGCAAAUAUGUUACAGAGUGAUGAAUAUAACAUCAUAUUUACU